CGCGCGGGGGUGUAGGUGGAGGAGCGAGUUUUCUCCUCAGAUGGAAGGUAGGCCCGGGCGGGUACACCCCGGAGGGGUCAGACUCUGUUUCCAGGUAGAAAUAGGAGCUGUCGCUUGCUGCCCCUCCUGUCCAACCUAGGGGUCCAAUCGUAAUGCCCCAUUCCAGAAACACCCCGACCUCCAAGACCCGAAACCUGGCGUUGUUGCAUUGGUGCAGCGUCUUGGCCAACACUUUCACCUUUUGGUCUGUGUGUUUGUUUUAUUGGAGGGUAAUUGCUUUACAGUGUUGUGUUGGUUUCUGCGAUGUAUCUGCGUGAAUCAGCCAUAGGUAUAUAUGUGUCCCCUCCCUCGCGAACCUCCCUCCCACCUUCCACUCCAUCCCACUCCAGGUUGGUCUGUGUUAUUUCUGAUCCUCAGCAGAAGAAAAAAAUUACAGUUCAAUUCAGAAAACCUUGUGGAGAACAAAAUGUGCACCUGAACGAGUAAUAGGUAACUGGAGAAAGAAGAGUUUUUAGCCCUUAACCUCCGUGUUUGCAAUCUAUUUAAGAAGGCCAGGUUUUUUGUUUUUAUUUUUCAUAUUUAAACCUCAGGGUUUACUUGCUGCUUUGCUUUAUUAAUACAAGCUGAUUAGUUCCUUAGGAACUGAGGCCUGGUCAUUUGUUUUUUUUUUUUUAAAGCAAUACAAAUACAGAGUUUAAAAAGUCAAGCUCUAUUAAAAGGGUUAAAAUGGCGGAGCCCCUGCCCAAUUCUUUUCUUCCCCUGUUCCUACUUCCCAGAGGAAGAAAUGAUUACUGGUGGAAAAGAAUCUUCCCCACCCUAAGCAUGUGUUGUAAUUAAAAUGUGACCUUUUCUUUGCCCACAGAAGGGGGUGUUUAUUCUUUUCUGUUAGGCUUAGGCUGCAAGAAGUUUAGAUUUUCUAAACAGACAGAUGGCAGUGGGCAGGGAGAGGUAAGGAGAACAGUUCUUCACCCAGCCUGUUUGGUGACCGGCAAAAACCAGUUUUGAGUGAAAUUGGUUUCACUCAAUUGAAAUUUGUGUGUUGAUUAUCUCACAAAGUUGAUAAUCCACACGAAGAAUUAGAAAUUGACAGAGGUCAUAAAAGUGUCAUAGUCCUAGGGAUUGAGUGACCCCUUCCACAGUGUUUAGGCGUCUUAAGCAGCUGGUAAAGAGUGGAGCUCCUCCUUCCAACUGGGAGAGCAGUUUAUCUCCACGGAGGUUUCAGCCUCUGAUAAAAGGUUUGGGGCCAGCAGGGAUAAUGCUGAAAUAAAAACUCAACACUGACUUUUAAAUGGUCUAGCAUAAGUGUAUACAAAACCAAGCAAAUGCAUGUAUAAGUUCACUGGGGAGAUAAAUGAAAUAAAGAUUGUGGAAAUACCAUUACCGAUUGUUGAAGUUGGGUGAUGGGUACAUGGAUGAUCCUUGUACUACUCACUCAACUUUGUUGUGUGUUUGAAAAUUACCACUGAAACAAAAAAGGCCUACACAUUGGAGCUCUUAAAUAAUACUCCAUGGAAAAAUAUGCACCAAACUGGUAAUACUGGUUACUUCUGGAGAGAAGGAAAAGGGCCCAAGAUUGGAAGUGGGAUCAAUCUAGACUUUAAUUUUUUUCUUGCUGGUAUGGUUUAAUUUUUAAAUUUGUGAUAAUAAAUAAUCAUGAGACUGUGGAUGAUUUAGUCCAGCAAAGUUUCCAAUUGGGAAUCUGCAUCCUUGAGGCUCAGACCCCAGAUGGCGCAGUGGGAGAUGCUGCAGAACCUUGACAGCCCGUUUCAGGACCAGCUGCAUGAACUCUACUCAAAUAGCCUCCUACCGAUGGACGUUCGACAGCACUUGGCUGUCUGGAUUGAAGAUCAGAACUGGCAGGAAGCCGCACUGGGAAACGAUGCUGCCAUGGCUAAUAUGCUAUUCUUCCACUUCUUGGACCAACUCAACUCUGAGUGUGGCCGAUGCAGCCAAGACCCCGAGUAUUUUCUGCUACAGCACAACUUGCGAAAAUUCUAUCGGGACGUUCAGGCCCUUCCCACUGGCUCUACCCAGUUGGCUGAGAUGAUCUUUAACCUCCUUCUGGAAGAAAAAAGAAUUCUGACCCAGGCUCAGAGGGCUCAGCUGGAGCAACGAGAGCCAGCCCCUGAAGCACCUGGGGAGAGCCAGCAGCAUGAACUUGAUUCCCGGAUCCUGAAAUUACAGGCUAUGAAGGAGAAGCUGGUGAAAUCCAUCAGCCAACUGAAAGACCAGCAGGAUGUCUUCUGUUUCCGAUAUAAUAUCGAGAAAUCAGUGAAGACACCUUCUUUGGACCCCCGUCAGACCAGACGGAUGGACAUUCUUCAGGAAACACUCAAUGAACUGGACAGACAGAGAAAGGAGGUGCUGGAUGUCUCCAAAGCACUGCUAGGCCAGUUAACUACCUUAAUUGAGCUAUUGCUGCCCAAGUUGGAGGAAUGGAAAGUCCAGCAGCAGAAAGCCUGCAUUGGAGCGCCCCCUGUCGGAGGGUUGGAACAGCUGGAAAAGUGGUUCACAGAUGGAGCGAAGCUGUUGUUCCACCUGCGGCAGCUGCUGAAGGAGCUGAGGGAGCUGAGCCACAUGGUCUCCUACGAGGGGGACCCUCUGGGCAAAGGCGUGGACCUGCGGGGGGCCCAGGUCACAGAGCUGCUGCAGCGCCUGCUCCACAGAGCCUUUGUAGUAGAAAGUCAGCCCUGCAUGCCCCAGACUCUUCAUCGACCCCUCAUCCUCAAGACAGGGAGCAAGUUCACCGUCCGAACAAGGCUGCUAGUGAGGCUCCAGGAAGGCAGUGAAUCACUGACUGCGGAAGUCUCCGUUGACAGGAAUCCUCCCAAAUCACAAGGCUUCCGGAAGUUCAACCUUCUGACCUCAAACCAGAAAACUUUGACCCCUGAGAAAGGCCAGACUCAGGGCUUAAUUUGGGACUUUGGCUACCUGACUCUGGUGGAGCAGCGUUCAGGGGGUUCUGGAAAAGGCAACAAUAAGGGGCCGCUGUCCGUUACAGAGGAAUUGCAUAUCAUUAGCUUCACAGUCAGAUACACCUACCAGGGUCUGAAGCAGGAGCUGACAACGGACACCCUCCCUGUGGUGAUUAUUUCUAACAUGAACCAGCUCUCAGUUGCCUGGGCCUCGGUUCUGUGGUUCAAUCUGCUCAGCUCAAACCCUGAGGACCAGCAGUUCUUCUCCAGCCCCCCGAAGGCCCCGUGGAGCUUGCUGGGCCCUGCUCUCAGUUGGCAGUUCUCCUCCUAUGUUAAUCGAGGCCUCGACUCAGACCAGCUGGGCAUGCUGAGGGACAAGCUGUUUGGGCAGAACUCCAGGACUGAGGAUGCGUCGUUGCCCUGGGUCGACUUCGUUAAGCGAGAGAGUCCCCCUGGCAAGCUACCGUUCUGGACGUGGCUCGACAAGAUUCUGGACCUGAUACAUGACCACCUGAAGGAUCUCUGGAAGGAUGGACGCAUCAUGGGCUUCGUGAGCCGGAACCAGGUGCGCCGGCUGCUGAAGAAGACUGUCUCCGGCACCUUCCUGCUGCGCUUCAGCGAGACGUUGGAGGGGGGCAUUACCUGCUCCUGGGUGGAACACCAAGAUGACGACGAGGUGCUCAUCAACUCCGUGCAGCCCUUCACCAAGGAGGUGCUGCAGUCACUGCCGCUCACCAGGAUCAUCAGCCAGUACCAGAUGCUGACCGAGGAGAACGUACCCGAGAACCCGCUGCGCUUCCUCUACCCGCGGAUCCCCCGGGAUGAGGCUUUUGGGUGCUCCUCCCAGGAGAAAAUUAAUCCCGAGGAACGGAAGAAAUACCUGAAACACAAGCUCAUUUUUGUCUCUAACAGACAAGUGGAUGAACUGCAGCAACUGCCGGAGCUCAAGUUGGAGCCAGAGCUGGAGUCUUUAGAGCUGGAUCUGGGGCUUGCAUCAGAGCCUGAGCACAGGCCGGGCCUGGACUUAGAGCCACUGCUGGAGGCAGGAUUGGAUCUGAGCAUGGAGCCCGUGCUGGAGCCCACACUGGAGCCCAUACUUGGCCAGAUGUCACAGGGAGUCCUAGAACCACACCUGGGACCAGAACUGCAGCUGGAGCCUAUUCCAGAGCUCGAUCUACAGACCAUGCCAGAACCGGAUUUGCCUUAUGACCUGAGACACUUGAACACCGAGGACAUGGAAAUCUUUAGGAACAGCAUGAGGAUUGAAGAAAUCAUGCCCAACGGUGACCCACUGCUGCCUUGCCAGAACACCACGGAUGAAGCUGACGUCUUCAACCCCAGCCACUUCUAUGCAGGUGGGCCCUUGAGCCCUUCUGACUACUAGGAGCUACAUUUCCUCAGAUCUUUCUGUGCGUUUGCCCCUCCUACUCCUCACAUCAGGACAUUGCUCUCCAAGGAUGGGACAUGAGGAACUGGGUUAACCCUGGGGGAAUGGAGGGAGAAGCAUAAUGUGGGUGAGGCAGAGGCAGCCAUGCCUCAGAAGAGAUGUUACCCGUGGUCUGCCUAGGAGCCUGGAGGCCGCCUCUGUGCUGGGAGGUGCGGGCACUCAAGGGCAGGCCGGGGCAGUCAGGAGGCACCUGUGAGGCUCAGGGCAGGGGCUUCUUUCCAGUGUAGAAGGCUUUCAGCAUUUUAGUGACUGGCAAGACUGACUCAUCUUUCUGGAAUGCCAUUUCUGCUUAAAGCAGCUCUGACUUCUGAUCCCGCAGUGCCCUGGGACUCCUGUCAUUGGCCAAAUACACUCUCGGCCAAGAAAGCAGAGAAGGAAGCCCUGGGCCAAGGAGCAAGAGAGGGCCAAGCUUAGGAGCCAUACUUCGCAGUUGCAGUCCCUUGUAACCUCAUUCAGCUUGCUCAGCCUUAGCAGGGAUUAUGGCCAAAAAGAUCCCGUUUACUCUAUAUACCAAGGGGUCAUGAGGUAAGACCCCUUUCCACGGUAGCCCUGCAGAGCAGAAAGAUGCAUUUUAUAGUGCUUUGGCCCUAUUUUUCCAUUCUGUUUCUUUUUACUGACAAGCCUAGACUUAGAGAUCCACAUAAAUAAGUCUUUAUUGAAAAAAGUACAUAAUUCAGUAUAAAUAUAAUAAAUAAUCCUCAUCCCCAAGCUCCUGCCACUAUAAAUAAUCCCAAAAUUUCCCUUCCCAUGUAAUAAAUAUUCAGCCUCUUCUAGGUCAACAUCAUAAGUCAGUCAGUUUUGGUAAUUUUUCAACAGAGUAAGUCUCAUUAAAAUUAUUGGACUGAGGAACUUGCUGGCUCACAGGUGUCCAGGUGGACAGACUGAUCUCCGCAUUCCUGAGCCGUGGAGGCCUGGGAGUCAUCCUUGAGUGCUGGCUUUAGGGGCUCAGAGUUGCUGCUCCAUGGGCAAAGACCCGGGCAGCUACAGCCACAAAGGCCUGGAGGCUUCGAAGGAUCUUGAGACGGAGCAGGAGGCGCUGCCAUGGCUGGCUGGGAGUAGGGCUUGGGGUCUGCUCAGUUUCCCAGUGGUGACCCUCGGGCUGAAAGGACACAGGACACCAUCAGAGAGGACUCUCUGAGUCGUCACCCCACCCCUACCCCAGGGCCCGUCUCUGACACCUGCAAGCCCCUCUCCUCCAGGCCCCUAGUUCAUACCUGCAAGAGCUCCCUGAGGCCCAGUACGGAGGCGUGAAGCUGGUCCACAGGGCCCUCUGGGGGUGGAGAAGGCUCCCCUGUGAAAAUAUCUGAGCCCAGCAGCUUCUCGUAAAAAACCAGGCCUCGAUGAAUCCUUUGCAAGCAGGACUGGGGGGGAAAGAAAGCCGUGAAAGGAAACGGAUACGGGGACUUCCCAGGCUGUCCAGUGGUUAAGAUGCCAUGCUUCUGCUGCUGGGGCCAUGGGUUUGAUCCCUGGCUGGGCACAGCACAGCUCAGCCAAAAUCAAGAUGAAAGAAACAAAAUAGAUCCCUUCUAAUUACUCCACCAAAGACUCACCUGAUAUUUACCAUUCUUAAGACAUGGCUGUGAUCUGAAUGUUUGCGUCCCUGUGAAAUUCAUAUGCUGAAAUCCUGACCCCCAGUGUGGUGGUGGUAGGAAGUGGUACUUUUGGGAAGUUACUAGGUCAUGAGGAUGCAGCCCUCAUGAGUGGAAUUAUUGCUCUUAUAAAAGAGACCCACAGAACUCCCUACUCCUUCCCACAAUGAGAGGAGACAAAAAGUCUGAUCUGGAAGAGGGCCCUCACUUAACCACACUGGCACCUUGACCUCAAGACUUCCAGCCUCCGGAGCUGUGAGAAAUAAAUGUCUGUUGUUUAUAAACUA